AUGCCAAGAGAUCAUUACACGAAACUACCGAGAGGAAUAGCCUUUGUAACGUUUUCAACCAGGGAAGAGGCAGAAGAAGUUUUACAGGCUUCAGAUGAAAGGUUGAUAUUAGGAGGGAGGUUAUUACGUGUAAAUAAAGCUGAACAAUCUAAACGAGUUGGUACUAGAAGAUAUGAAGCUAAUAAUGGAAAUAAUGAAAAUAACAAUUCACCAGAUAAAAAGAAUGAAGUAAAAGAUAGAGAUGAUGAAGCUGAUACUGUAGAUUUACCCGAUGAAGUAUGGGAAAAAACAUUCAGCUUCUUACUAUUACGAGAUCGAGUUAGGAUAGAGAGAGUCUGUAGUAGAUGGAGAAAUGCUGCUUUAAGGUUGUGGAAACGACAAAGAUCAUUAGAUUUUUACCAUACCUUCAGAAGAUUUGAGAGUUUAACAGAUAGAACAUUAAAUUUCUUAUUAAAACGUUGUGGACCUUCGUUAAGAUCUUUGGAUAUUUCAGCUUCACCUAGAUUACUUACUGAUUAUUCUAUGCAAAUUAUAAACAAAUAUUGUUGUGGAUUAAGAAAGUUAGAUUUAUCUGGAGUUGAUGUGACAAAUAUAUCAUUACGUGAUUUAACAGUAGAUAUUCAUACACUAGAGGUAUGUGAUUUAACAGUAGAUAUUUAUACACUAGAGGUAUGUGAUUUAACAGUAAUUAUUCAUACACUAGAGGUAUGUGAUUUAACAGUAAUUAUUCAUACACUAGAGGUAUGUGAUUUAACAGUAGAUAUUUAUACACUAGAGGUAUGUGAUUUAACAGUAAUUAUUCAUACACUAGAGGUAUGUGAUUUAACAGUAGAUAUUCAUACACUAGAGGUAUGUGAUUUAACGGUAAUUAUUCAUACACUAGAGGUAUGGGAUUUAACAGUAGAUAUUUAUACACUAGAGGUAUGUGAUUUAACAGUAGAUAUUUAUACACUAGAGGUAUGUGAUUUAAUAGUAAUUAUUCAUACACUAGAGGUAUGUGAUUUAACAGUAGAUAUUCAUACACUAGAGGUAUGGGAUUUAACAGUAGAUAUUUAUACACUAGAGGUAUGUGAUUUAAUAGUAAUUAUUCAUACACUAGAGGUAUGUGAUUUAACAGUAGAUAUUCAUACACUAGAGGUAUGGGAUUUAACAGUAGAUAUUUAUACGCUAGAGGUAUGUGAUUCAACAGUAAUUAUUCAUACACUAGAGGUAUGUGAUUUAACAGUAGAUAUUCAUACACUAGAGGUAUGUGAUUUAACAGUAGAUAUUUAUAAACUAGAGAUAUGUGAUUUAACAGUAAUUAUUCAUUCACUAGAGGUAUGUGAUUUAACAGUAGAUAUUUAUACACUAGAGGUAUGUGAUUUAACAGUAGAUAUUUAUACACUAGAGGUAUGUGAUUUAACAGUAGAUAUUCAUACACUAGAGGUAUGUGAUUUAACAGUAGAUAUUUAUACACUAGAGGUAUGUGCUGUAACAGUAAUUAUUCAUUCACUAGAGGUAUGUGAUUUAACAGUAGAUAUUUAUACACUAGAGGUAUGUGAUUUAACAGUAGAUAUUCAUACACUAGAGGUAUGUGAUUUAACAGUAGAUAUUUAUACACUAGAGGUAUGUGAUUUAACAGUAAUUAUUCAUACACUAGAGGUAUGUGAUUUAACAGUAAUUAUUCAUACACUAGAGGUAUGUGAUUUAACAGUAGAUAUUCAUACACUAGAGGUAUGUGAUUUAACAGUAAUUAUUCAUACACUAGAGGUAUGUGAUUUAACAGUAGAUUAUUCAUACACUAGAGAGGUAUGUGAUUUAACAGUAGAUAUUCAUACACUAGAGGUAUGUGAUUUAACAGUAGAUUAUUCAUACACUAGAGAGGUAUGUGAUUUAACAGUAGAUAUUUAUACACUAGAGGUAUGUGAUUUAACAGUAGAUAUUCAUACACUAGAGGUAUGUGAUUUAACAGUAGAUAUUUAUACACUAGAGUGGGUGAGAUUACAAAGAUGUACAUAUUUGGGUGAAAAAGGGUUUUGGUGGUUAUUUCACAGUAAUAGAGAAUUACAACAUAUUGAUAUUAAAGGCAAUAUCAAAUUAACAGGACAGUGCUUCCAUAUGUUAGAUUCUAAAGUAAAGACCUUGGUUUUAUCAGAGUGCAAAAAAGUAGGAGAUGUUGGUAUAGAGAAGAUUAAAGAAAGAUGCCCACUUAUUGAAGAAUUACACAUAACUGACUGUGCCUCUUUAACUGGUCAUGCCAUUAAUACUAUAACUCAGGGUUUUAGAAAUUUAAGAAUAUUACAUUGUGGUGGCUCAUUACAUAAUGUGGCAGAAACAACAUGGUGUCAACUGCAAGAUCUAAAGUCAUUGGAAGAGUUAAAUCUAAGUCAAAACUGUUGUAUAACAAAUGAGGCAUUAAUUGCCAUUUCAUCUGGAUGCUGCAAACUCAAAAAUUUAGAUGUAAGUGGUUGUCAUAGAUGUCUAACAGAUGAAGGUGUACAAUGUCUAUCUCUAUUAGAAAAUCUAGAAAUUUUAAACAUCAGUUAUUUACAUCAGAUUACAGAUGUAUGUUUAAGUCAGAUAUCUACAACUGGUAAAUUAAAACAACUGAAAAUAAAGGCUUGUUCUGGUAUCACAGAUUCAGGAAUAGAAGAAAUAGUUUUCAAUUGUCCUAGUCUGGAAUUAGUGGAUAUGUCUGGUUGUUUGAAUAUUAGUAAUAAGCUAAUCUAUAGAGUUAUUGCCCUUAGACAAGAUCAGAGUCAUCUUCUGCUACAAUUAAAUAUUGGUGGAACAAGUGUAGUAUCAGAUGAUUUAGUAGAUAUACCAUCAACUAUACUAGUUGAUAGUCAUGACUAUUCCAGUUACUAUCUUCGACCUGAUAAAGAUUUGUUAUUACCAGAUCCUUAUGAGGAAGAAGAUGUUGAUUUAAAAGAAGAUACUCCAUGGUUUGGUAAACCUUCAUCUACGGUUAUGAUGGCAGCAGGAUUUGAAGAGAAUGCCUGGCAGGAAGAUGAUAAUGAUUAUGAUGGGCAUUUUGAUGAUAUUACUGAUGAAUUCCUGGAGAAUGAUGAUUGUUUGGCUGCUGAGAUAUGGGAUAUGUCUUAG